AUGCGAAUCACUGAGAAACUGGUUCGCUCGAAUGGAGAUGAGUCGAACGGGAACGCAACAACUGCUGCGACGUUUUCCUUUGAAUACUUUGUGCCCAGAACCACCCAAGGUGUUCAUAACUUAUAUGACAGAAUGGAUCGUAUGUACCAAGAGUCGUUACCCCAAUUUAUCGAUGUCACUUGGAAUGCAGGAGGCGUUAACAAUAACUUGACUAACGAAAUCGUCUUCACUGCCCAGUCUGUGUUGGGUCUGGAGACGUGCAUGCAUUUGACAUGCACUAAUAUGGACAUCACUACAAUUGAUAAGGCGUUGCAACAGGCCUACGAAUCCGGCUGUCAAAAUAUCUUGGCGUUAAGGGGCGACCCUCCUUUGACCAAUGUUGGUGAUAGCGUUGGUAAGUCCGGUAACGGCGGCGUCGGUGGCGCUGACAUCACCGACGGUAAUGCUGACGCUGACACUGCCGCUUCCGGGGUCUUCCACUAUGCUAAGGAUCUGGUUGGCUAUAUUCGAUUGAAAUACGGCGAUUAUUUCGAUAUUGGUGUUGCAGGGUAUCCAGAAGGUCAUGAAGAAGAGAAAGACUCUCAAUUGUUGACCAAGUUUCUUAAAGAGAAAAUUGAUUGUGGGGCUAACUUCAUUGUCACUCAAAUGUUCUACGAUGUAGACAAUUUUUUGAAUUGGUGCAAACUGCUACGUGAGAAUGGUAUCAAUGUGCCUAUUAUCCCAGGAGUGAUGCCAAUCUCGACGUAUGCUGCAUUCUUGAGAAGAGCGAGAUGGUGCAAGAUUAACAUUCCUGAUGAGUUCCUACGUAAAUUAGAACCUGUCAAGGAUGACGAUGAGGCAGUAAGAGAAGUGGGCACUCAACUUCUUGUCGAUAUGUGUCGUAAGAUUUUGGAUAGUGGGUAUGUCUCGCACUUGCAUCUGUACACUAUGAAUUUGGAGAAAGCUCCGUUGAUGAUCUUGGAUAAGCUCAACCUGUUACCGCAUUUUGAUCUCGACAAGCAGAUCGACAGUCAUAUGACAAAUACUGAGACUACCGCGUAUUUUGAUCAAAGGAAUUCGAAUACCAAUGAAACAACCUUAUCUAUGUUACCUUGGAGAAAAUCACUAAAUCCAAAGAGGAAGAACGAAGAAGUCAGACCUAUCUUUUGGCAAAAAAGACCUUACACUUACGUUGCCAGAACUUCAAAAUGGGCGGUGGAUGAAUUUCCAAAUGGUAGAUUUGGUGAUUCUUCCUCCCCAGCGUUCGGCGACUUGGAUCUUUGUGGGUCCACUCUUAUCAGACAAUCACCAAAAAAAUCAUUUGAAUUAUGGUCAACUCCAAAAACUAUGAAUGAUUUGGCACUGUUAGUUAUAUCUUACUUGAAAGGUGAUAUUAAAUGUUUACCUUGGUCAGAUAUUCCGAUUAGUAACGAAAUUGAUGUUAUUUUUGAUCAUUUGAUCGAAUUGAAUCAAAGAAAUAUCAUCACAAUUAAUUCUCAACCACAAGUCAAUGGUGUCAGAUCCAACGUUAAAGAUAUAGGAUGGGGUCCAAAAGAUGGAUACGUCUAUCAAAAACAAUAUUUGGAGUUCCUAUUACCAAAGGAAAAAUUAUCAAUUUUGGAACAGGAAUUGGAAAAUAAUGAUAUCUUGACUUUUUUUGCAAUCGAUUGUAAUGGUAAUUUAUCCUCAAAUCAUCCAGAUGGCUCUAAGGCAAACGCUGUCACAUGGGGUAUUUUCCCAGGUAGGGAGGUUCUCCAACCAACUAUUGUGGAAAAGAUCUCAUUUAUAGCUUGGAAAGAAGAAUUUUAUAGGAUCUUGGAGGAUUGGAGAAAUAUUUUCAUUAAUAAUGAGAAUGAUGAUAGUGUCGCGCUAUUGAAUCAUUUGAUUAACGACUAUGUUCUAGUAAACAUUGUCGAUAAUGAUUAUAUUGAUCCAGAAGAUAAAAUUUUUACUUUAUUGAAAAGGAUCUAA